AUGAUCGUCGAUGCUAUGACACCUCCUUCUUCAAACUUUCGACCGCUUCUGCAAACGGUAUCCACUCAUCAGCAUCGCAAACUAUUUGCCCAGCUUGUCAACUGGUACGAGGACCCUGAGUGCUCGUUAUUGACAAUGGAGCAUGUCGAGCAUGGUAAUCUUCAACGGUACAUUGAGAUAGGCGCCAAGUUUCCAGAUAGACAGGCGCCCUUGAUUACGGGCCAGAUUGCCAGUGCUUUACAGUACAUGCAUGUUAAAGGGUUUGUACACAGAAAUCUGAGGCCCUCGAACAUCCUUGUCGCUGUUGAAGGGCCCGCAUGGAGCGUCAAGCUUGCUGAUUUCGGAAUUCCCGCCAAUGUUGACGAUCCCUGGCCCCCCAAGAACUACAUCCGUACGAGCGGCUACACGGCUCUAGAAAUUGUUGACUCGUUACAGUAG